AUGUCUGGGAGCUUUGUGCUGAAAUCCGAUCCCAACGUCUUCGUGCUUAUGGAUUUGAAGAGUGUAGCAAUGGCUAAGAGGCUGAAAAUGAAGGAAGAUGAACUUUUGUAUCUUAAAUCCAAAGUAAAUGACUUGAAGGAGCAAUUAAAAUGCGAAGAAGUUACUGCAGUAGCAAUGGCUGAGAGGCUGAAAAUGAAGGAAGAUGAACUUUUGUAUCUUAAAUCCAAACUAAAUGACUUGGAGGAGCAAUUACUUUAUUUCACUUCACAACCAUCUUAUAAGCACAAAUCUGUGUACAAGAAUAUUGAAUACCAAACAACCUCAAAUCCAAGGCAGUUCACAGUCUUGCUGCACGAAACAACCAUCUUAUAA